GCUCAAGCACUUACAAGCACUGGACACAAGGGUAGCGGUAACAGACGAAAGAUGGAUGUUACUGUUAACAUGUUUUCGAGUAAAAGGAUGUUUUGAAGCGAUCAAGUUUAUUUGCAAAACAACGUACGACCUUUUAAGGAAAGUCCCCAGCGGUUAUUAGGGUGUCUUUACUGCUAGCGUAAGCUCUUGGUGAGAUGGGAGGAAAAAGUUUUUCAUCAGAGGGCAUAAAACGUUCAGGAAAUGAGUAAAAACCAACCCGCGGAGACACGAGUAAGAGGAAGGAACAGAAAGUAAGGAAGAAGCUGCUGCUUUAUUUGGAGAGAUUAAACAGUAUGCAGGGAACUGUUGUCCGGGUAUGCGUGGUGGUGGCAGCCGCCAUCCUCAACCACCCCCUGUUGUUCCCGAGAGAGAACACCACCAUCCCGGAGCGGGAUGACCAGGUCAUCGCCCGCAUGCGGGAACACGAGGAGAAGCUGCUAGCCGAGAAGGCGCGACUGGAGCGGGAGGCCUCACAGGUGGAGCAGGGGGUGCAGCCGAGCCCGGAUGUCGAGGAGAGCUCUAGCUGGGACCUUUGGAGCGCUCUGUCCAUGAUCGUCUUCCUCAUGAUUGAGAUCUGGAGACAAGAUUACCAUGACACCACAGCUCAGGAUCCCACUUAUGAGGAGGAGGACAGUUUGCCUCUUGGGAAUGUCUCUCUGAAGAUCCCUCUUCCGGACAAAGCUGUCCUGAGCUGCUUUUACGAGAGGUGCAUCCGCAUCUCGGCCAACGAGACUUGGAGAGUGCAGGACUUUGUGGAGGGUUUUGCGGACGACCUCCUGGAAGCUUUACGGAGUGUUUGCAACAGGGAUGCGGACAUGGAGGUUGAGGACUGCAUUGGUGUGGGCAGCAUGUAUGAAAACUGGAGGGUGAGCAAACCUCUGAUCUGCGAUCUCAUUGUCCCAUUUGCCGCUCCAGAUCCAUACUGCUUCACGUUUCAGCUCUGGUGCAACUCCCAGAAUGACAUUCCCCCCGACAGACAGGGCUACGGCCGAAUCAAAGUUGUGAGAGCUAACGAAGAUGGACCUGGCUGCGUGUGUGGAAAGACGGACCUUGGUGAGGACAUGCUGUGCCUGCUGCACAGCAAAAACGAGAGGCCCAAAGUCAGUGAUGCCAUGGAUGACUUGCUGUGCUCCAAAAACACGCCUUACCUGGCCAAAGACCAGGUCAUGAAGUGGUUCCUGAUAUCCAUGACCAAGGCAUGGAACUGCAUCUCCCAUAAGUAUGAUUUUGAGCUCAUGUUCCGUAACCUUGAUUCUCCAGGAGCCCUGAAGGUAAAAUUCAGAUCAGGAAAGACCAUCAUCUUCAACAUCACUCCUGUCGUUCAGUUCGAGGAUACAGAUGCUUAUUUUGUCUCGCACUUUGCCUUUAAUAACGACAACCCUUCAGAUAUCUUCUGGCCCCUUUCCUUUGCUGUCUAUGAGAAAAACCUGAUGAAAGUUCUUGUCAAGAGACUGCCAGAGAGUUCUUGCCAUAUCUGCUGCCUUCAGAUUAUUUCCUUCUUGCACAAGAAGCAAACGAGCCUGACUGGUGAAAGUGCCCUUACUAACUACCACUUGAAGACGGCUCUGCUGCACUUGCUUCUGAGCAAACCUUCUUCAGACUGGCGUGCUGAAUACCUGGAGAAGAGGCUACGAGACGUUCUUAGGUUCUUGGAGAAGUGCCUUCAGGAGAAGAAGCUGUAUCACGUUCUAAUUGGGAACAAGCAAGUUCCGAAGCACAUUAACUUUCCACCGGUAUUCCAAGCUGCGGAACCUCUGAAUCUGUUCCGCCCCCUUGUGCUGCAGCGGGAUCUUUAUGCCAAAACGGUGGAGCACUUUCAGGAAAUGCUCAAAAAUGCCCCUGUGCUGAUACAGGAGUACACCCCACUCUUUCCAAACGGGAGUGUACAUUCUUCCCUGAACACAAGUUUCUAGUCUUCAGCAUCACAUUGACUUUAACCAUGGAGCACAGAUUGAAGAGACAAACCUACUGUUACAAACACUUUUGAAGGAAUGCUUAUUACAAACUUGGCUUUUCAUUUCUACUCCCCAGUUGUGUUGAUACAUGUCAUGUCUUGAGAACACAUAUUUUCACAACCCUUUUUUUAAAAUGGGGACCAAAAACCAACUUUAUACACGCUGCUGGGUUUUCCAAGGAUUUUCUGUGAAAAAUGAUUACAAACUAACUAAAACCAACAUUGUAAAAGUAUAAAAAAUACAACACGUAUUGAAAUCAUUACAGGACAUUUGAAAAGAAAAUCAGGAAGCAAACCCACCAACAAAGUUUAAAUAACACAUCAGAUGGUAACUAGUAGUUACUAAUAGUGUUGUUUUAUUUUUUAAAUAACAACACCAGGUUUAUUAUUUCAUUUGUGCAAAAAAAAUGCUGUUUGCAUUGUUGGGAAUUUGAAAGGUGAAGUUAAAAAUGACCUCUGAAAUUAGAAGGGAAUUUCAGGCAAAAGCUAUCUUUUUGGCUGAAAGAAAAUAUUUCUUACAGGUUUCUAAUGGAAUUCUAACAUUUUGCCAAGUAUUACUAGUUUAGGUAUAGAACGUGAGCCUGUUGUUAAAUUGUAACAGUGAUCUUUGAAUUCAUAUGAAUUCUGCAUCAGAUUCAGAUCAGAUCUUUUUUUCAACAUACAGAAGACGGUUGAGCUGCAUUCACAUAAAGAGUGUGGCAAAAGCAAAGCGAUAAGGAGAAGGAAGCUCAUUGGUAUUCACCAUUCCAGGAUCUCAAAUUGAUAUUUAAAUAAUACUGAAUUGAAACUUUAAGUGCAUUCUAGUUAUCUUAUUACAGAUGACCCAAGGAAUCUUGCUUAAUGAAUUAAAACCAUUGAUAGAAAAAAAAACAUACUAGCUUGAUUUGAAAUGUCUGUAAAUAACACUUAGUAUUAGCACAGUCACAUGGACAUUAAAUGAAAUGUACAUUUUCAGUCUUCUAUCCCAGACAAGGACAGAUAUAAAGCCAUGAGGAUGAUUUCUGAAUAAAUAAUAUUACAUUUCUUCAGUUUGCUGUUUGCCAAAAUGUAGCCUUGUUUCAUAAACUAGACAAAAAAUAGUGUUUUAAACCUUUCAUCCAUAACACAACUUUAUUAGAAAGAAGUACCUUAAAUAUACACUGUACAGCUAUCAUGUACUUGUUGGAAGAAAGAAAAGCCCAAGGGCACUCUGUGUAAAUAUAACUAAUGGAAACAGACCUUGUAUCAUCUGUUCUAAGAGUGUUCAGGUCCACAUCCAUCUGACUCAUAUUUUGCAUCCUGACGUCUUUCAUUACGCAUUUUAAAGCACACAGAUUUAAGAUGAAGAAUAAUGGUCCAGAAAGAGGUGCAGAAACUAAAUGCCUCAUGGCCAUGCUUAAUGAUUAAAAGCCAAUAUGUGAACAUUAGGCAUUUAUUAGUAACAAAACAUUUAUUUUUGUGUAAAAUAUUAAUUGAUAACCCCACAUCAGACCCUUCAGUGAUGUACUAGGAUGGAAUUCUCUUUGCACUGAGAGUAUGUAUUUUCUAAGCUUUGCUUCAGAAGGGACUACAUGCCAGUUACUUUAAUGAGUAAAUCUAACUGGUAAGGCGCUUUAUACUUGCUAAUGUGUAUAACCUUAGAAAAUCUAAAAAAAUGUUAGCUUUCUUUUUUAGAGCUUGAGUAAAGAAAAAUAUUUUGUACAUUUUAUAUUUGUAUAGAAUGGUUAUGAAUCAAUAUUUAAGUAUUUAAGCACUGUAAAUGGUCAUUUGUAUAGUGUAAGUGGGAUGAAAGGCCUUUACAUGAUUUCUGUUUUUUUUAUGAUUUUGCUUUUAUUGUUUUCACUGUUUUUCAUGUUUUCUGUGUUUAGUGUUCACUGGCCGUACACAGGUAAAAAAAUACUUGUGAACCAAUUGCAUACAAUCGUGUUCAUUCAUCCAAGGUUCUAUUUUAUAAUUAAAAAGUAAAAACAAGCAGUUAAUUUAAACUGGUGGUCUUCUGUGUCACUUUAGAAAAGGACAAUGGCACUUUCAUUCCAUUUACAUUCUAAUAUUGUAUAAUUAACUGGACAGUGUUUGUUUUUACAAGAGGACAAUUCCCUGAAAUAAUAGGGAAGAUCCCAAACCAAAUAAAUCAUGAAAAAUAUAUUUCUGUAAAUGUGAUCUGCCUUGGAUAUUAUAAUAUGACCAAGCUCAUAUUAUAAUAAUAAUAAUAAUAAUAAUAAUAAUAAUAUUAUAAUAUGAGCUUGGUCAAAAGUCUUCCCUGCAAGUAGAUAUCAUUUCUAGAAAGGCUGUGACAAUUUUAACUUUUCCUGUAUGCUUUUUUUCUAAACCUUGUGCACUGUGUGUAACAUUUUUUAGUAUUUUGUUCUCAUGUAACCAUGAUAUACUGUACUUUGCUGGCAUAGCGUUAUUCUCUUGAGAAAGGUUAGUGUCUGAUCAGUACCUUGUUAUCUAAAAGGUACUUUGAGCUGUCAGAUAGAUCUUUGACAGGAGAAGGGGGCUUUAAUGUUUCUCUUGUGGGAAUGUUAAUGUAAUGUUCUCUUGUGAAGACUGCUGUCUUCAUAGCAAUUAACAUCAUUUUGGUGAUUUCCCUCCUUGCAGUGCACCAUCAGUUCCUAGUUUUUCUGUGCACUGCAUUUGCUUCAGAAAUGGGAGGUAAUAGAGGAUGAAAUUUUAGAGAUUCUAUAGUUAAAGCACACAUUUGGGCUUGUUUUCAUAAGUGACAAGCUCAUUGUAGUCUUCAGAAUAUGGACUAUAGAAAAACUGUAAUGUAUUUAUCUACAGUGUACAGGUAUUGUACCGGAAGAUGGUGAGACAAUUAUCAUUGUUGUCUCAAAUCUUUGGGUCCUGGGUUAUUGUCUGUGUGGAGCUUGCAAGUUUUCCAUGUGUCCAUGUGAGUUUUUUUCCAGGUACUCAGUUUCCCACCCCUUCUCUGUUUGAACAUGCAUUGUUUUCAUGUUGCUUUCAGUUUGAGAACAAUGACAUAAAGGCACAUAGUACCUAAAAGCUGUGCUGUAACUCUGUGACACCGAUAGUCUUCACAAAAAUGGUGUGUACAGUAAUAGCAGCCAGAAACAUCUGAAAUGGGAAUGUGUAAACAUAAAAAAAUACUUUGUGGAACUGUUUUUUAUGCUGCACCUCAUUUAGAAAAUGAAAAAUAGAAUUUCUGAAAUAGUGUAUUCUGUAAUUCUGUGAGUUUGCAGGUGUCAUCCUAAAGUGGAGACUGUGAGGUCCUGACUACUUGGCUAUUAAAGAUUAUGAGAUUAUGGCUAUUGACCCUGCAUUAGUCCUGCUGUCCUGGUUAAAUUCCACUUAGCAAUUGACUGGAGUGCAAUGAAAAACACUGUAUAAAUGCAAUUAAGUGUAUGUAUUAAAAACAAGUGCAGUAACAACAAAUCCAUAUGGUGCCCGUUGUAUUCAAGUACCUGUAUUAGAAAAUGGUCAUUUAUUCAGUACAGCAGUCUUUUUCUAAAUCCAUUUCCCGAAAGAUAAAACCCCACUUGUAGUCAUCAGUUUGCGUAUUUCCAGGUACAGUGUUAUAAGUUCCAUGGCUUUCCUCUUGUAGAUAUCUGUUUUUCAUUUUUCCCACCUAGGAACCUGAUGUGUGAUUUGAAAUGUGAAAGAACUUUGUACUUAUACGGAAUGUUUUAAACUUGCCAAAAUAAAAAGAUAUUUUAAAGUAUAACAACA